UCAUUCCUUGUACUUGAAUUAAACUUAAACAUUUUUAAAUAAACAAGUGGGAAAACUGACUUGCACUAUUUUGUGGAAUACUCAACAGCUCACACCUAGAUUAAAUGUAUAAAAUGAAUGGCAGAAACUAUACCAUAACAACGGAAUUCAUUCUUGUGGGAUUCUCAGAGUUUAUAGAUCUUCAGCUACUGCUGUUUAUAAUGUUUUUAUUGAUUUAUAUAAUUACAGUGCUUGGAAACCUGUCUAUCAUUCUUGCAUAUACACUUACUACAAUUCUCAACACUCCGAUGUACCUUUUUCUUUCAAACUUCUCCUUUUUAGAAAUAUGUUAUGUGACCUCCACUAUACCCAAACUGCUGUCAAAUCUUCUAGCAGAGGUUAAAACCAUCUAUUUUUACAGCUGUGCUCUACAGAUGUAUUGUGUUAUUCUCCUUGGUGGUACUGAGUGCUACAUGCUUGCAGCUAUGGCAUAUGAUCGAUAUGUUGCUAUAUGCCACCCACUCCUAUAUAGCACUAUAAUGAAUCAUAAAGUUUGUAUUCAGCUUAUAGGUGGAUCAUGGCUUAUUGGUGCAAUAAACUCUCUCACACACACUACCCUCACAUUCAAUUUACCAUUCUGCAAUGAUCAUAAAAUCAAUCAUUUCUUUUGUGACGUCCCCCCAUUACUGAAACUGGCUUGUACAGACACCUGGAUCAAUAAGAUUGUUAUUUUUAUAGUGGGUGGAGGUGUUGUUGUUGGUUCAUUGAUAUUAACAAUUAUUUCAUAUUCACUUAUUAUCUCAUCAAUUCUAAAUAUCCAUUCCAGAAGUAAUAAAGCAUUCUCAACCUGCACUUCUCACUUUAUGGUCAUUUCCAUAUUUUAUGGAUCUAGUAUAUUUAUGUAUUUUAGACCCAACACAAAAUAUGCAAUGUAUCAGGAAAGACUGGUCUCUCUUAUGUAUACAAUUAUUGCACCUUUAUUAAACCCUUUUAUAUACAGUCUGAGAAAUAAUGAAGUCAAACUUGCUAUUCGAAAGAUAUACACACAAUUUCUCUAA